AUGUACCAGCAACCGCCGGACGAGCCGCCCCAGGCCUACGACGCCUACAGCAUGCAGCCGCAGGAGAACAAGCGCGAGAAGCGGCGGCGCGAGAUGGUGGACCGGGUGACGCGGCUGCAGGAGGACACUGUCGCCAGGCGAGACCGGAUCUUCCACGACCUGUCCGAGAUCUACGCCCGCACAGCAGACGAGCUCCUCCCGCCUCCCGUCUUCCCAACCUCGGACCUCUCCAUCCCCGUCGGCCAGCUUCCCCCCUCUCUGCCCUUCACCGACCCCGUAAUCCCCGACAUGCAUCCCAUUCCCUACCUCUUCUCAUUGCAUCGACUCUCGAUGGAGCGCGCGAAUGAACAGCUCGCGAUUAGGCUGUUCCACUCGCAUCAGGUUGCGGCUGCGAGGAGGCUCUACGAGGCGGAGGUUGAGCGGAUCGAGGACGAGUACGAGGCAGCUAUGAAGGGUGUCGUGGAGAGGUUGAUGGAGGGUGUCGAGGAGCGGAGGAAGCGGUUGAUGGAGGAGAAGGAGGGCGAGGGCGUUACAAUCGACACCUUCCUCGAGACGCAGCGAACCCACGGCACCCGCCGCAUGCGCGGCAACGGCCGCAUGGGCGGCCCCUCUCGACCCGGUCACGGCAACGGCGGCACGAACGGCGCCGCCUCCCCGUCCGAGUCCGUCGCAGGCGGCAAAGACGGCUCGUCGAAUGGCGUCGAUGCCGCUGCACUCGGCUCGCUCCUCGGCCUCAGCGGACUCUCCGACCCGUUCAACCUCGCUGCCGCGCUCUUGCCCAACUCGUCCGCCGUCGCAGGAUCAGGCGCAGGAUCGCUCACGGCGCUAUCGGGCGUGGGAGCCACCGCCUCGCUCCUGACGGGCACGAUUGGCAAGCGCAAGCCAGGUGGACGGACGCAGCCUGGACUUCCGCCUGCGCACUUCCUCGUCCAGAGCGGGACGUACAGUCAGUUCGGGAAGAGCUUGGCGGGGCUCUCGGCGCUCAGGGGCGAAGAGGUCGAGGGCGAUUUGGGAGAGAUGAGGCGCAAGCGGCAGCGGACAAAUGCGGGUGGCAGGCGGAGGAUGAUGUACGAGUAG